AUGGCAGGACUUUCAAUCCCAUUAGUGGGAUUUCUACUGUUAUGUUGUUUGGCAUCAGUAACAGGAGCAGAGAAAUACAAAAAUUCAAAGCAGCCCUUUAAUGUUCGAAUAAAGGACCUCAUGAACCGAAUGACUCUUGCUGAAAAGAUAGCUCAAAUGGUGCAAUUGGACAUGGCUGCUGCGACUCCUGAGAUAAUGAGAGAUUACUCCAUUGGUAGUCUACUGAGUGGUGGAGGCCAUGUGCCUCACCUUCAGGCCACUCCACAGGACUGGAUUCAAAUGGUCAAUGCUUUUCAAAAUGGUUCCUUGUCCAGUCGUCUUGGUAUUCCUAUGAUUUACGGUAUUGAUGCUGUGCAUGGCCACAACAAUGUUUAUAAGGCCACAGUAUUUCCCCAUAACAUUGGCCUUGGAGCUACAAGGGAUCUUGACCUUGUGAAGAGGAUUGGUGCCGCAACUGCUCUUGAAGUUAGAGCUACUGGGAUUAACUAUGUUUUUGCUCCAUGCAUUGCGGUUUGUAGAGAUCCUAGAUGGGGUAGAUGCUAUGAGAGUUACAGCGAGGACCCAAGCAUUGUUAAGCAAAUGACAGAGAUCAUAUCUGGAUUACAAGGCGAUGCUCCUAAAAGGGGAAUUCCUUACGUUGGUGGAACAGAUAAGGUUGCUGCUUGUGCCAAGCAUUUUGUUGGAGAUGGAGGAACUGAUAGAGGAAUCAAUGAGAAUAACACUGUGAUUGAUUACCAUGGCUUGUUGAGCAUUCACAUGCCUGGUUAUUAUCACUCCAUUAUCAAGGGCGUGGCAACAAUUAUGGUUUCUUACUCAAGCUGGAAUGGAGAAAAGAUGCAUGCUAAUCAGUUUCUUGUCACUAAGUUUCUCAAGGAUAUUCUUAAGUUCAGGGGUUUUGUCAUCUCCGACUGGCAAGGGAUUGACAGGAUUACUUCACCUGCCCAUUCAAAUUAUUCAGACUCGGUCCUGAAAGGAAUUUUAGCUGGCAUUGACAUGGUUAUGGUUCCAUUCAAUUAUACAGAGUUCAUAGGUAUUGUGACGAACCAUGUCCAGAAUGAUGCCAUUCCCAUGAGUCGUAUAGAUGAUGCUGUGAGGAGGAUUUUGAGAGUGAAAUCAAUUCUUGCUCUAUUUGAGAAUCCUUUAGCUGAUCAGACAUUUGUGGAGCAGCUUGGAAGCCAGACACAUAGAGAGUUGGCAAGGGAAGCUGUAAGGAAAUCACUUGUUCUUCUGAAAAAUGGCGAGGAUUCAGAUUCUCCAGUACUACCUCUUCCCAAGAAAACAUGCAGGAUCCUAGUUGCAGGAACCCACGCUAACAAUCUGGGUUAUCAGUGUGGUGGUUGGACUCUCACAUGGCAGGGCCUUUCAGGGAACAACAAUACUCAAGGAACCACUAUUUUAAGUGGAAUCUCAACUGCUGUUGAUCCCAGCACAGAAAUCGUUUACAGUCAGAGUCCUGAUGCUGAUUUUGUCAAGGCAAACAACUUCUCCUACGCCAUUGUGGUUGUGGGAGAGCCACCGUAUGCCGAGACAGCAGGAGACAAUCUGAACCUGACAAUUGCUGAACCAGGUUUUUCCACUAUUACCAAUGUCUGUGGGAGUGUCAAGUGCGUUGUGGUGAUUGUCUCAGGGCGGCCUUUGGUGAUCGAGCCAUACCUUUCACAGAUUGAUGCACUUGUAGCUGCUUGGCUUCCGGGGACUGAAGGGCAAGGUGUUGCUGAUGUGAUUUUUGGAGAUUACGGAUUUACAGGGAAGCUGUCUCGCACUUGGUUCAAGACUGUUGAUCAGCUACCUAUGAAUGUGGGGGAUGAUCAUUAUGAUCCUCUUUUCCCUUUCGGAUUUGGUCUCACCACUGAGCCUGCAAAAUCUAGCUAG